GUUUAUGUAGAUCUUGUUGUUAGCUGAAGACAGUUAUAACGCAUUAUGACGUAUAUGUCGGUCUCUUUCUUGAAAUUCUUGAGACAUUAUUAGAUGUGCUUUGUACCCUGACGUGACAACGCCUCAUACGCCGCAGGCAAAUACGUUAUUUAAACACCAAAGUGAACACGAAAAAAUGCCCAUCGAUACCCGCGAGCUAAUGGAGGCGAUUGCCAUUGUGGCCGAUGAACAGAACGUCAAAGUGGCCGUCAAACAGUCGGGCAAAGGAACCGCCAUUUGUGCUGCCUGCUGCUUUGCUGGUGGCCUUUUGAUGGGACCCGUUGGAUUAGCAGUUGGCGGCGCUGCUGGCGGAAUCGCUGCUUACAAGAUGACAAGUGGAACAUUCAGGCCGCUGGGAGAGGUGAUAUUGAACGAUUUGACGGAUAGACAGCGGGAACAGCUGGUGCAGCACGUGUCCAAAGCUGUCGCCGACAUUCAUCCCACUGACGUGGUCAUGCUGCUGCCCUUGAUAGCACAAAACGCAACGAUUCAGCAGACUGUGCUUAACACAAUCAUGUCAUUUGUCACAAACGAGCUGCGAAUGCAGAUCGUCGAUUAGUACCUGAAGAAGUGCCGUGCCAGAAAUGUUCGAUCAACAUGGAUUGGGAGACAAGUCAGCAGGAGUGCAGUAACAAUAUUGUGAUCACUAUAAAUAUGCAGAUUUAUUAAUAAAUGCUCUCUAGAUGUACA